AUGGGGAUGCUGGGUGGGUGCUGCCGCGGCGAGGGUAAUAGAGGUGAAAGAGUGAUCCUAACUAACAAAGAAACUUUCUCUGAUCCUGCAGAACAAGCCCAGCUGAAGGCGGAAGUGGUCAAGCAGGACACAGAAGUGGACAAUCUGAAGGCUGAAGUGGACAAGCUGAAGGCUGAAGAGGUCAAGCAGAAGGCUGAAGUGGACCCGCUGAAGCAACAACAGCUAGUCCAACAGGUUGCAUUCUCAGCCUCUCUGACGGUUGGAGGUGAAGAACAUAUUGGACCCGUUCCCUCGCACACUCCCCUGAUCUACAAAUACGUCCCCACCAACAUCGGAAAUGCCUACAACCCAACCACAGGUCUGUUCACUGCCCCGGUGAAAGGAGUGUACCACUUUGAUUGGACGGUCGGUGCAUUUGGGGACGGCAGCCGUGGUUCGGGGGCGUGGUUGGUGAAGAACUCAGAGAAGGUCGCCUUGGUAUUCGAGAAUCAGAUGGACGGGUUCAUGAGCGGCUCUAAAGGUGUCUCGCUGUCUCUGCUGAAGGGGGACGUGGUGUUUCUGCGCCUGUUGGGUAACGGUUUGGUGUUCGAUGAUUAUAACUGCCUCACCACCUUCAGUGGACACCUACUGUUCCUCUUGUGAGACAGAAACAGCAGCUCUGUGACAGGUUGUUGUUGUCUCAAACACGUCUUCGCAGCACUUCAUGGAUAUUAUUAUUAGAGUUCAUUGGCAUCAAAAUAAGGACAAAAGUAAUAUUUGUUUUC